AUGCUCACUCCCAGGUUCACCUGCAGUCAAGAUGACGAUGCUGUCAUAGUAUCAUUGUACGUGCCAUCAAUAAGGGCAACGGAGGUCUCCAUUCUUGUCGAAGGAACAUCAUUCACAAUCAAUGUGAACCCCUACUUCCUGCGAAUCAACUUCCCCUCUCCGGUGGUGGAAGAUGAUGCCUCUUCAGCACUCUAUGAUCCCUCAAGCGGGUACAUGACCGUCAAGUUAGCCAAAGCUGUCAAAGGAGAGCAGUUCCAGGAUUUGGAUAUGCUGGGCAAAUUGAUGGCCCCGAGCACUUCCAGCCCGGCUACGAACAGGAAGCCGAUGAUUGAGGUUCUGGAUGGGGAUGACGAAGAGGCGAAGAAGGCCUGGCUGAUGCAGGAAAGAGAUACGCUUCUCGAUGCGGAGAAGCACAACUGGAAUCUACCACCACCUCUUCCCGAUACUCCAUUCUCAACUUCACUGACGCAUCCGUAUGGCUUCCUCAACCUCCACUCUGGAUACUUUCCCAGAGCUACAGACACAGAAAACGAAGUCAAUACAUAUGGAGAAGAUGCAGAGAGACUCAGUGAGGGCGAACGGUGGGAGAAGAUGCGCGCUCAUGAAGAGGAGAAAUGGGAUCCUGAGCAUUACAUUGCCGAUUUUAUGGACGAUGCAAUGAUCAGGGAGAUCCUUGCACAGGAUGCGCCGUUUUUCGAUCUUUUGCACGAACCCAUAACCUUCACGGACGACGAGAAUUUGAUCAUGAUACAACUCCCCCAGCGAGAAUUCCUUUUGACCCCUGAGUUGAACCGCAACCUCUAUCUCACCAUCGUCCCUAUACUCUUCUCGACUGCCUAUGACGCCUUGACCACUUUCUCUGAGCCGACCUCCCAGUCAGCAUGGACCAUUUCCGUCCUCGCCGCACCGUUCGUCUCCCUAAACAGUCUUCCCGCAAAUUGUACACUGCUGUCAGCCCUCGUCAGCUGCUAUCGUCGCGCCCUCGCCUACCCACUGUACAGGAGCUGGGCGCUGUGCGAGGGUGUGAGGAGGGAGGCGGCCCAGAUUCUCAGGAAGGGCAGGCGGGGCGUUGGAAAACUGCUUUUUUGGACUAGGGCGGUGCUGGAUGCCGGAGGACCGUAUGCAGCAUAUGCGCGGGUAUGGGUUGACGAUUAUCUGAGAUGGGUACAGAUGCAUGCUAGUGACGAAACGUUUCUUUCGCUGGCAGAUGAGCUUUCGGCUCUCCAUAUCUCGAAAGUGGACAUCGGCUGGCCACUUCAAGAACUGGAAGAGGCUGCACAAGAGAUGCAGCAAGGUGACUCCGAUGACGAAAGCGAUCAGCAGGAGCAUAUGCUCCCUGCUCCUCUAUAA